AUGGCGGCGCUCUUCCACUACCUCUCGAUGAGGAUGCUGCGCACGCCCCUAUCGAGCGCCUAUGUUGCUAUGCUGCUCGCAUGCAUUGCUGUGCUUGCACUCACCGCCCUCGUGCGUCACAUGGAGGACCCGGACAAGGCGCUCAUGCCGUGGCGCCAGUACUGUGCCGAAGAGCCAUGGUUCGUCAAUGCCGACGUGGAACAUCUAGCGCCAGUCAACCUGCUCGUGGGCGUCAUCACCGUCGACGAAAAGUUUGAGCGGCGGCAGGUCAUUCGAAAUACGUACGCGUCGCUCACGACGCCGCGGCAUCCCGAGACGGGGCAGCCGCUCGGCAACGUGCUCGUCAAAUUUGUCCUGGGGCGUCCACGCAAAGAGCAUGCCGAACGGAUUGCGCUCGAGAUGGAGAUGUACAACGAUAUUGUCGUGCUCGACACCAAGGAGACGCAGUGGAGCCGCAAAACCUUCGAGUUUUUCCGGUGGGCAGCCGAGAACGCCAUGGUCCCCGUGCUCGUGCCGCACAACUCGCAGUCACACCCCUACGUCGUGAAUGGGACGCGCUACGAGGUGCGCUGGAAGAUGGUCGACUACGUGCUCAAAGCGGACGACGACACCUUCAUUGUGCUGGACGAGCUCGAGCGCCGACUGCGUGCCGCGCCGCGCACCAUGACGCACUGGGGCUACAAGGUCGCCGACUGGUUCAUGAGCGGAGAGCUGUAUGCGCUUUCGCAGGACCUCGUGCAGUACCUCGCCAACUCACCGAUCGUGGCUGCCUCGGCGUCGCGCAAGGAAGACGAACAACUGGCUCGCUGGCUCGAAACUCAUCCCCGGCACCGCGACCUGCACUGGCUUUCUGAGCACUGCUGGAUAUACGACCACCCGCGCGCGCCGACGCCGUAUGCACAUGGGUUUUUAUUUCCCGACCACGUUUUUGAAAUCAAGACAGAGGCGCUGCAUGGCCUGUCCGCCAAGGAGCUCGCGCGCCGCGGCGGCCCAUCCCAGGCACUGUCUUACUCGACUACGACGCACUGGAAUACCCCCUACACUCCGCCGCGCCCCGACCUGACCAUCGAAGAAAGUGUCGAGGCGCUCGUAGAGGGCGGCGGUCGCUGGGCCAACUCGUGGUACCGCACAACGCGCGAUCCCGACUCGCCGCGCGCCGUUUCGCGGCACGACUUCCUCUUCAAGUCGAACGACGAGCGCUUAGGCGCCAAGGUCGACGUAUCGCUGGCGUGGCCGCACGAUGCCGUCACGUACGACGCGUCUACGGGUCUCCCGGUGUAUGCGGUGCCAGCGAACCAUUCCGCCUCGGCGCGGAGCCCCAGCAUCAACGAGGCAUGGGGCCCCAGCCUCUUUGCGCACGAGGAACAGCUGCACCGCGACCGGUACUUGAACGGCACCGUAGGCGGCACCGUGGUCGUCCACUAUCUCAAGCGCGAUACGUGGUUCUACGAAACGGCCCUUGCCCUCGUCGGCCACCGCCUAGCAUGGCACCGCGGCAGUGCUGCCAACGAUUGGCGCAUGCACGGCAGCCCUUUGAUUCGACCCUAUUCCUCGACGCACCAACUCAUUGUACAGGAUGCGCCACGCACGCAUAUCUAG